CCCAGCGCCUGGUCUGCAGCCUUGGAUUGGCCCGACCGGCUUCCUUUCCUCUGGUGGGCGGGGCGACGGACUCUAGAGUUUGGCGUGGCGCGAUGGCCGCCGGGCGGACCUGCACACUAGAGUCUGGGGUCAGUUCGAGGUCCGGUUCGCCGGCGGGGCCAGAGGCCUCCCCUAACGCAGAAGCGGCGGAGCUGCUGCCCUUUCUGAGGAGAGGUGCGCGCGCAGACCUGCAGGCGACGGCGGCCCAGUAUGCCUUGGCGCUAGGUGCGCUGGCCGCAGCGGCGCCGGGGUCGGGUCUAGAGAGGCUGGUGUGCGCUCUGUGCACGUCCGGCUACAACGCGCGCGCGCCCCUGCAUUACCUGGGACCUCUGCUCUCCAACCUUAGCCAGCAGCCAGCGGCGCGAGCCUACUUGCUGGACCCUGACAGGUGCGUGAUCCAGCGGCUGCUGCCCCUUACCCAAUACUCAGACUCCUCGUUGCGCAGGGGCGGGGUGGUGGGGACCCUGCGGAACUGCUGCUUCGAGCACCGACACCACGAGUGGUUACUCGGGCCUGAAGUUGAUAUUCUCCCCUUCUUGUUACUACCUCUGGCUGGGCCUGAGGAUUUUUCAGAGGAAGAGAUGGCGCGGCUUCCUGUUGAUCUCCAAUACCUGUCACCAGACAAGCAGCGAGAGCCUGAUGCUGACAUCCGCAAGAUGCUCAUUGAAGCCAUCAUGCUGCUGACAGCCACUGCACCAGGUCGUCAGCAGGUGCGGGACCAGGGAGCAUACCUGAUCCUUCGAGAGCUGCACACCUGGGAGCCAGAGCCUGAUGUGCAGAUGGCCUGUGAGAAACUUAUCCAGGUGCUUAUUGGGGAUGAACCAGACAGUGGCAUGGAAAACCUGCUGGAAGUGCAGGUGCCUGAAGAUGUGGAGCAGCAGUUACUGCAGCUAGACCACCAGGAACAGGAGGAGUUAGAACAGCGGCAGCAGGAGCUGGAUGGAGAGUCAAGGGGAAAGAGGCCUGCAGCUACCUGAGGUCCCUGCUGCCUAAUGCCAGCUCCAGAGCUGCCUCUGCCAGGCUUCCCAUACUAGGCUUGCCUCCUGCCACUCUAAUCCCCUUGAUCAGAGGUGGUACCUUGCUUAGAAGCAGAGGUACACUCAUGCUACAGUUUGCGCUAAGAGUUCUAGAAUGAAUGCCCAGUAAACAUUGGAGGUUUGAGGGAAUUCUUAACCUCAUGUUCUGUUGCUACCAGUAAAAAUGAAGGUUGUUGCACAGCUGAGCCAGAGCUAGCCAGACCUGUACCACAGCUUCCUCCAUGUGAAGCAGAUUGAUGGCCAGGGAAGCCACCCUUUGCUUGUUCCCAGGCAUUGUUGUGGGACUGGACAGAAAAUAUUGCAGUUUCUUAUAGUUAAACAACAAAAACAAAAAAAACAUCAUUGCAGUCUCUGAGGAGCCAGCUGGAACUUCUAACUCCCAAAGGAACUGCAUGGUCUGGGCAUGGGCCAGUUCAGGUGUAAACAGUGCCCCAUCCCUUGGGGUCUUCUAGGACCCAAGCCUGUCCUCGCUUCCUGUGUUCUAUGUACCCUUUUGUUCUGUAUUUUGUACUGGGGAUCAAACUCGGGACCUUGGGUUUGUGAGGCAGGUGGCAGAAACACUGAGCUAAAUCCCCGGCUUCUAUUUCCCCUUUGUGAUCAAUCUCCAUCUUGAACGUGGCCCUCAUCCAGCCCUCAAAUUAGGUCUGUUUCCUGGCCAAUUUCCCGAGCCUCAGCUGUACUGAAAGACUUCCAGACCCUCCUGCUCCUAGGGUCUCUAGCCUACCUCUACAGAGAACUAGAUGUGCCUACAGCUUUGCUCCAUGUCUAAACCUUUUUCCCCAACCACCAUCUUUACUUCUCAGAGCCUACUAUAGGUCUCAGAGCAGCCUUCUCUGCUUUUCUUUUCUGGACCUGUGGUGUGUUCCUCCACCAAUUCUGCAGUUGUCAUGGCAGUUCACCCCAGUAUGUUCCCUUCCUGAGCCUCUCAUCAGACCUCACUGCCACCUGCUCAUGGGGCUCUUGAGUGCUCUUGUGCUCCUCACAGAUAGGCCCUACCAGGUUCCUGUGAUCCUGAUGAAGGCCUCAAGUUGUCUUGCUGGGAGUUUUCAGUACCCCAUUCUACACCCUUGAAUUUAGAAGACUGUCCCACCUGACAGUGCUUCACUGAGUUCCAGGUGUCCUCUUCCCCUGUGGGGCCUUGUUUGUUAGUUUUUUGGUCCUGGGAUCAAACUCAGACCUUGUGCUUCUGAGGCAGGUGGAGGAACCACUGAGCUAAAUCUCCAGCCCUGUUGCUGUGGACCCUUGUGACCUGCCCCAUUAAAGAUCUGGUGCUUUGGGCAGGGAUGAUGUGUGGCUUGAUGUUUUCUCUGUCCUAGAACUCCAGGAGGUAGUGGUGGAGCCUCAGCCCAGGGAGGCAUCUGCAGGCCUUCUCCCUGCAGAAGACAGCUGCACCCUUAGUUCCACAGAAUAAACCUUUUAUCUGCUUACACCACCCACCCUCCCUCAACUGACCAGGCACUUUCCUUAAGGCAAAUAAUGGCAUACAGGCAGUGGCUGCCUGGAGAAUGCUCUACUGGGCUGCCCAGCUUAGUGCCUCAGAGCUCCAGGCUGGUGGAACCCACUCCUUGUAUAGUGCUGUCCUCUAGGGACCCAAGUCUGGGCCAAGGGUGCUGUUGGGAGCAUCCUGACACUGGGCACCACAGAUGGAUCUCAGACCUAAAGCCCACGCUGUGUCAUCCCUGGACCGUGGUUCCACUGCACUGAACCAGUAGUCAAGUGGAGGGGCCACUGUCUAUCACUCCUCACCCAUAUGCCAUACCAAGCACCAAGUCCAGAGCAGAAGGGUAUGUGUGCCAUAGGCAGUACCCAGCGUUGCAAAGCCACCUGGGGCAGGCCUAGAUAGGCAGAAGGGCAUCUAGAGCAGCCCCUGAAGUAGGUCUUGGCACUCUACUGGCAAGGCUGAUGGCUGCAGCCUGCUUCUGCCCCCAUCAACCACCUACACCUAUGGCUUGUGACCAU